ACAAUGCCAGAGCCAGCCAAGUCCGCUCCUGCCCCGAAGAAGGGCUCCAAGAAGGCAGUAACCAAGGCGCAGAAGAAGGAUGGCAAGAAACGCAAGCGCAGCCGCAAGGAGAGCUACUCCGUGUACGUGUACAAGGUGCUGAAGCAGGUCCACCCCGACACCGGCAUCUCCUCUAAGGCCAUGGGCAUCAUGAACUCCUUCGUCAACGACAUCUUCGAGCGCAUCGCCGGCGAGGCGUCCCGCCUGGCGCAUUACAACAAGCGCUCUACCAUCACGUCGCGGGAGAUCCAGACGGCCGUGCGCCUGCUGCUGCCCGGGGAGCUGGCCAAGCACGCCGUGUCCGAGGGCACCAAGGCCGUCACCAAGUACACAAGUUCCAAGUAAAUGCCUAUAUGCGUAAAAGGUAUUAACAACCAAAGGCUCUUUUAAGAGC